UCAGUGCUGUAAUGAUGAUUCGUUUCAUUAGAUUAGUUUUAAAGGCGGUGGAGAUGAUACUGCGCCCCCUGCAGUACGCGGCCGGAGCUGCAGUCACCGCGGGAGAGGAAACACCGGAGCGCGAGGACACAGACACCACUCAAGACUCGGAGCAGAAAGCGUCCACAGACGUUUCCUCACUGGAUUCGAGCUCGGUGUCUGAUGUUGUUGGAGUCAGAGUCACACACACUGACAGCACCACCCUCGAGGGUGAAGCUGAGAGGAGAUUUGAGAAGGCGAUGGAGAUCAUUUAUGAGAUGGAGAAGAAGAACAAUAACCUGAAGCCCAACGUGAUCACACUGCAAGAGGAGCUCACUCUGAGCUUCAGAAUGUGUAAAGAGCUAAUGCGGGAGAAGGAGCGAGAGCAGGAGGCUCAGCAUAUCCUGGAGUCCCAGUGCAAGGAAAUGAAAGAAAUUUUACAACAGCGUGAUGAGUUCCUAAAGGUGUCUCUGGUUGAAGCUGAGAGGAAACACCAGGAGGUCUCUCAGCUGGAGAGUGAGAGGUCUGAGCUGAUGUCUGAGAUGAAAACACUGCGAGGCUCGGUGCAGCACAAGGAGGAAGAGCUCUCUCUGACACGGACCAGGUUUCAAGAAAUGAGUAUGAAGCUGAGUGAAGCUAGGAGGAAGUAUGACAAAGCCGUGGUGUUCCUUGCUAAGAUAGAGACGGAGAGAUGUGCCAUGAAGUACCACGUAAACUAUCUGCGAGGCACGGUGAGGGAGCUGGAGGAAAUGCUCUCUGACUCAGAGUCGAAGCGUGAUGCUCUGAAGCAGGAGAAAGAACAAGAGCACCAGACUCACAGUAUGUUAAAGGUGUCUCUGGCUGAACUUACGAUGGAAAACCAAGCACUGCUGGCCACCAAUGCUGAGCUGAGGACUGAGCAGACUGACCUGAGAGCUGAAGUGAACAGACUGCACGCCGUAGUGCAUGAUCAGGAGACAGAGCUCACUGAGACCACGAGGAAGUGUAAUAAGAUGACCUUGGAGUGUGAACAAAAAGAUCAGGAGUUGAAAUCCAUGGAGAUCAGAUGGGAUAUGAUGCUAAAGGAGAAAGAACAAGAGCAGCAGGCUCACAGUUCCCUGAAGAUGGAGCAUGGAGUGGUGACGGAAAGGCUAGCACAGUGCAUUGAGUUACUGAAAGUCCAUGGUAUAGAUCCUGAAUAUGAAGAGUAUAAAACCCCAUGAACCCCAGCUAAUUGCAUGGAACACAUUUACCACGUGGAUGUUCUUCUAUGUGUUAUGUGUGCGCACAUGUGCCAAGACUUUUAAAUCCCUGGCUGUGAAUCCGGCUAUGAGGCAAUAAAGUGGGCGACUCGUGAAAGUCUGGUGCCCCUAAGUGCAGAAGACCAAAGAUAGAUCAGGGGAGUCUGGCAUCUUUGGCAAAACUUUGUUUUGUUUAAACCGAUAAACCAAAAUUGAUUCAAAUUUCUAUUUAAUAGUGUGCAAGUCAAACGCCACUUUAACAAUAAAUUCUGAGUCUCUUUUUAGGAGAAAGAACGCCGGCAGCAGGAUUACAGUUCUCUAGAGAUAAACAGGACAUCAUGGACU